AGCUGCCCCCGACCUGUCGCUUCUGUCGUCACCUCCCGCCUACGUGUGCCGCCGCCGUCACCGUCCUCCUCCGUCAGCAGCCUUCGUCAGUCACCACGGCGUCCGUCAGCAUGAACAAGUACUUCCCAGGUAUCGGGCGGGUGGAGUACCGGCCGGAUGCUGGCCCCGAGGACACUCUGGUCUUCCGGCACUACAACGCCGGCGAGACCGUCCAUGGCCGCUCCAUGGAGGAGUGGCUCCGCUUCUCCGUCUGCUACUUCAACACCUUCAGGUACCUUGGAGCGGACAACCACUAUGGUGAGCGGGCUCACCAGAGGGCCUGGGAGGACGCCUCGCACUCCCUCGACAACUACAAGCGUCGCAUGAUCGCGGCCUUCGAGCUCCUCCACAAGCUGACGGUCAAGUACUACUCGGUGAGUGACCGCGACAUGGCCCCCGAGGGAGACAGCUUCGAGGAGACCAACAGCUACCUGGAGGAGAUGGUGACUCUAGCUGCUGACCUACAGAGGCAGACAGGGAUCAAGCCCCUCUACUACAGUGCCGACCUCUUCACUCACCCUCGCUAUAUGAACGGUGCAGGCGCCAACCCCGAUGCGCACGUGUUCGCCUACGCAUGUGCACAGGUGAAGCGCAGUCUGGAGGCGGCCAAGCGCCUGGGAGCUGAGAACUUCGUGUUCUUCAAUCCUCGUGACGGCUACCAGAGCGUCCUCCAGCGUCAGUUCUUCCGGGACAUGUCGCACAUGGCGCAGCUGUACCGCAUGGCGGCGCAGUAUAAGGACAAGAUCGGCUACAAGGGUCAGCUGCUGAUCCAGCCCAAGCCAGCUGAUCCCCGCCGUCACCAGUAUGAGGCAGACGCCAUGGCCACCAUGCACAUGCUCCGACACUUCGACCUGGACAAGCAGUACAAGCUGUACAUCAAGCCAGCCUUCUCCCGCCUCAUGAGUCGCCCCUACGAACACGACGUCUACAUUGCUGCCGCCUACAACAUGCUGGGAAGUAUCGACGCCUCUGACAGCUUCCCGGAGAUCAACUCUACCUCAGACAUCUGCGCUCGCGACAUCCGCAGUGCCACCUAUGUCUUGAAGAGCGUUCUCGAACAGGGAGGCCUGCAGCAGGGCGGGUUCACGCUUGGAGGUCGCGUACGCCGUGAGUCCAUCGAGCCCCGCGACCUCUUCCACGGUCACAUCCUUGCCAUGGACACCUUCGCUUGCGCCCUCAAGAACGCUGCCCGCCUGAUCUCUGACGGCUGCUUCGCUCGCUCCAUCCAGCAGCGGUAUUCUUCCUACAAAUCCGGAUUCGGUGAACGCGUAGAGAAGAACAUGGCCACGCUGGAGGACUGCGAGGACUUCGUGCGCAAGAACGGAGAACCACAUCUCAAGUCGGCUCACCACGAACACUUCGAAAGUAUGUUCAACUACUACGUCUACCCACCGCGCCAGUAGACGCUAAAAUCUACUCUAGCAUUCAUUUCUGACACUUAUAAAUGUAUACCAUCCUUAUUUGCUUCUGCAUUAGGUAAUCGGAUAUCUUACUCAACACCUAAAUACUUAUAUACAUCGGCUUAUUAUCAUAAAGUCAUCGUUUUGAUUCCUCGUUUGUUGUAAGCAAUCGAAAUAGUUUAUUUUGAUAUCUUGGGAAUAUAUGAAAAAUUAUUUGUUCAAUUAAAUUCAAUGUUAACAUCUGCAUAAAAAUACGUUUAAAAGACUUUAGAUUUCAUCUUUUAUAUGGGAGUUCAGUUUGCUCCUUCCGCAAUUUUUUUUCGAGCAAUAAGUAGUGUAUAACGUUUGAUACGGCUGGUAUAAUUGCCCCAGUAAAACUAGAUAUAUGUUUUCAUAAAAUGUAUACAACCUAUUUAAUUUUAUUGAUAAUUAAAUUAUGGUAACAAAAUAGGGCAAGCUAUUGCGAAAUACGUUUUCCAUCUCAAUAAACAGGGACGAUACAAAUUAUAAAUAAAUAAAAAAUUGAAUGCUUACCAAAGCUGUUUGUUAAUGCUCCAAAAUACCGGUUCUUUCCUCGAAUAUUUAUAUAAUUGAUAAUAAGCGGAAGUUAAUCCUCAGUCAAUAGGUAUAAAAAUAGUGUGUGUUUCCCACAUGAGCUCUUCGCUCUGAAUGUCAAUUAAACUGUCAGAGGCUAUAAUGAACUAAUGUCCAAAAUAUUGAUAACUAUGAGAAUAAUCCUAAAAUCAAUCUAAAUUAUAAUAUAAAACGCAAGAUAAAACUGAGAAGAGGAAGAACUAAAGCCUAGCGAGCACCUUGUAACAAUUUGUGUGAUGUUCACAGCUUAGAUACCAUAAAUAUUUAACGAGGCCUACAAUAAUUAUACUUGUCACUACACUAAUGUUAGGAAAAUUCACAUUGGCAUAAAGAUCGUGCCCAUGGAGCGUCACAGAUAUCUUGACACACUCGGGAAUCACCUUUCUAUCCAGAUAUCAGCCGAUUCGUUGUAGUAAUAAAAUGCCAGAUAAAUGUCUCAGGAAACCAAAAUUAUCAACACUUGUAAUUUUGGCAAUAAAUAUCAGGAAAUACAA